AGGGCAGCAUUGGAAGGUGAGGCUUGAACGCCUUGUCGCCGACUAGCACGCUACGAAUGUGUACGUGCACCCAUGCCCUUGCUCACGAAUGUGGACUUGUAGGGCGUGGUGGUAAACGGCGGAAUGUGGCACCUCAUUGAAUGAGAAUCGCCGCGGCUCGUGCGCCCUCGACGACAAAGCCGCUGACACAAGCUCCCUUGGUCUGCCUUUGUUUACAUCUAGUCGGACACCCUGGCAUGUCGACGAUGGGCGUGGGUCCCCAAGUCGGCGGCAUCAUGCGUCGAUCGACUGUCGAACAAAUUCAAGGUCCUCAGGCUAAGGCUGAGCCCCUUCAAAGGAGGGAGAUGAUCAAUUACGAUCUCGGUCGUCCCGGUCACGACCGUUUUGGUCAGCCUAUGAUUGUGUCGAGCGGUGGUGAUGUCUUGGCAGAUUAUCACAAACUGUAUGGCUGCGGCGCAGGCAACAUCAUCCCCUGCCCGAAAGGUUCGAGUGAAAAGAAGAGGGCUAGCGAUAUGCACCCGAAGACACCGACCAAGCCAAAGGCAGAACCUAUUCCGGAUGGCGAUAACCCGAGAGAAAGCUGGAAGUUCCACCAAAGGGGGCCGCGGCACUUUGACGAGCCCUACCAUAUGGAUCGCCAUCUUGAUCUCUUUGGUGGACCGGAGAAGAUCAAAGCUGUUGCCGCCUCAACACCCGCUUCGGAGCCCACGCACGCCAAAAGCCACCUCGAGCAUCACGACAAGGAGCAAGAAAAGGCAGGUGGCGUGAAAAAGUCAAUGGAGUUCCAAGAGUUCACACCAGCGCAGAUGGCACAAUUCCAGAAGCAACACUACAGCUCAGCCGAUGGUCAUUUCGGUCACAGUCUUCCAGCGGUACGCCGUCAUUUAGGUGGAAAGGAAUCGGUUGGACACAAGUUCACGGAAGCGGAGCUGGAGGAGUAUAAGCAGACCCAUCACAACUUCGGAACCAGAUCUCCUGAGAAAGUCGAGAAGAUCACGCGUCACGGUUCGUAUUCGACCACCAAUGUGCCCAACAAGAGCGCAGAAUGGGAGGCUGAGCACACGCAAAAAGGCGGCAAGCAUGGGUUCAACUCCAAGGUCGACGAAGGCCCAGCCUACCUUGGCGGCGAGCCGGGAGUGGGAUCCGAUGGCAAAUUCGACCCGGACCUUUAUCGUAAAACGUGCUAUCCCGGCUUGAAAAAGGGGAUGUACACUGCGCAGCAGAACAUUUGCAACGGCGCCUUUUGAACCGCUGCUCACAAGCAAAUGUUCAGACUUCAUCCAUCGAGUUGCCAUGAUCCCGUCGCCUGCGGCGCUUUACAUUCUCAGCCUCUCGCUCUAUCCGAA